AUGCUUAUGCAACCAAGUAAUGAGAAAGCCGUCACUUCAAUGGCAGUGCCGGCGUGGGAUGUCGAAGGUUCUACUGAAGACGUGCAACUAGAUCCUGAAAAAGUCGAAGAGUUUGGAUCUCGCUUGCUGAAACUUCUCAACAAUGGAGCCCUCACUAUAAUGAUUUCAAUCGGACACAAAACUGGAUUGUUCGAGACAAUGGCUGCAUUGCCACCUGUCACCUCACGAAAACUCGCUGCCUGUGUUGGUCUGCAUGAGAGAUACGUGCGAGAGUGGCUAGCCACUAUGCUCGUCGGAAGAAUUGUUUGCACCGAAGAACACCCAAGCGAUAAAUCGGACGUCAAGUACUUCCUUCCACCGGAAAAUGCUGCAUUCCUUACGUGGGGACGUGGACCUGAGAAUGUCGCGGUUCUUUCUCAGUAUAUCUCAAUUCUUUCCUCUUUCGAAACAAAAUCGGUAGAGUGCUUUCGAAGCGGGAAGGGCGUUCCGGUGAGUGAAUUUGAUGAGCUUAAAUCUAUCAUGGCUGCAGAUGCUGCACAGACCAUUGCUUCUUCGCUUAUCGACUGGAUUCUUCCCUUGGAGGGUGAUAUAUUAGACGCAUUGCGUCAUGGAAUCGAUGUUUUGGAUAUCGAGUGUGGAUCCGGAUUAAACCUAUUCACCUUAGCGAAGGAAUUUCAUCGCAGUUGGUUCAUCGGGUAUGACUCGAAUCCAAAAAAUGUCGCAGUUGCAAUUGAAUCGGCUGAAAAAGCAGGGCUCUCGAACCUUCGCUUCAAAUGCAAGCAAAUCACAGAGACGUCCGAAUACUCUGCAUUUGAUCUCAUUACGUGCUUUGGAAGACUUGUCGAAACCGGUGACGUUCGAAAUGUCAUACAGAGAGUGCAACAAGCUCUGCGACCCAAAGGUACCUUUCUGCUUCAAGACGUUGCUGCGAGCAGUGACCCAAGACUAAACUGUGCGCAUCCGGCGGGACCCCUCUUGUAUACAAUUUCGGUUAUGUUCCUCGUGCCCGCAACUUUGUUCAAAACGAACAAGGACGAAGAGGCUGUGGGAGUAAUGUGGGGAAAUGACCGAGCAUUGGAACUGAUUCGAGAGCUUGGAUUCAGUUGUGAUGGAGUCAAACGGUUGCCAGAAGACCAUUGCAACGUUUUCUUCUUUUGCACACGAAAAUGA